AUGCAUAACAGGAAACGCAAGACGGUCAAGAAAACUGUUUCUUUCUCUGAUGAUCAAAACUUAACAAAUGCCAACCUGAAUAAUCAUAGAAAAGGACAUAUCGAUGAUGAUACACCUCCCGUGUACGUUAGAAAGUCGUGGACUUUGAUACCCUUCCAUUUACUCGCGUUAUUAUAUUGGUUUCUCAAAUAUACGGACUUUAAUCUUUUAGCGUUACUGUACAUCAUGAUUCCAACUCAAGUUAUAUAUCUAAUAUUCCGUUUCAACAAGAAUACCAUCUAUGGGAAGAAAAGAUUAAGGCUCAAUUGGCUGCUAGUCUUCAUCACAUUGGGUGCUUGUUUACUUCUAUCAAUUCCUUGUUUGGCUAUAAUAGUGCUAUUUGGAGCCCCAUUUGUGGAACUACUGAAAGAAUCCUGGUUAUUGGCUCUGCAUUGCUGCUUUCUGACUUAUCCAGCAGUAUACGAUGUAUUCAAUUGCAACUUCAAAGUGGGCUAUUUCAAAAAAUAUUUCAUUUCUGUGGUGAUUGGAUGCUGGAUCAGUUGCUUUGUGAUUCCUUUGGAUUGGGAUAGAGACUGGCAAGCGUGGCCAGUACCAUUGAUUGUCGGUGCGUAUUUAGGCUCAUUUAUUGGAUUCUCAAUCGGUGGAUAUAUAUAG